AUGCUGAAGGUAUGGUUGCGUGAACCGCACCAGAGUGAUGAUGAGGCAAUAAAACUUAUGGUUGAUGAAGAGGCUGAUGUUUCCGACGUGCUUUUGAAGGCUCCAGAACUUCUUCGAGUGCAACAGCUUAAACCUUCAGAGAUUCGGGCAGAGUUCGAGGAUACUGUACUCUCCAAUCGCUUACUUGUCUCAAGUGUUUUUGAGGGAAAAAAAGAGGGUACAUUUGUUAUCCGACCAAGACCCGGUGUAGUUGUUCCUCCGAAUGGCGUGCCGAAGGUUUCCUCUGUUCCAGCAGGACGUGGCGGUGAUGGAAAGAAUGCGCCUCCCUUGGCUCAAAACAAUGUUCAUCCACCUCCUUCGUCAAGAAGAAACCAAUUUGAUAAGAGUCCCAGAGUAAAUUCUGAGGAAUUUAAAAGGACUGGAUCACUUGGUGGAGAUCGCAGAAAGCCACCAGUCGCUAGAAGCACAAGCCGGGGACCGACGCCACCCCGAAUUGUUGGUGAGGGUACUCCGAGAGAUGGAAAGGCAAAUUUUGAUGUUCAUCAAAAGGAAAGAAACAUAACAAGUAGGAAAUCGACCCCUAACCGAGGUACCUCCGUUUCCAGUUUUGAUCGACGACCAGCAGUACGUUCUCGGUAUAGGGACCCAAAGAAUGUGGCAUCUCGUUUUCGUCAAGAGGCAGAGAAAGUGCGGGUGCCCUCCAAGAGAAACCAGGUGGAUGCUGUAUGUGAUAGUUUUAAACCCCAAUGGGGGAAAGCCCCUCUGUGCUACCCUGUAACCAUCUAA